CUCCCGAGCCCCGCUCGCUCCUCCCCGCAGCGCAACGCAGCGCUCCGCACAGCCCCGCACCGCCGCCUCCAAUCCUCUGCGCCGGAGAAGGAAGAGCCUAAGGACUCCAGUGAGAGAAGAAUGGCUGUGAAUUUAGAAGACGCUCCGUGGAUGGGCUUUAUGUUUCUGAAAGCUAUCCUGAGAUUUGCCUUCAUGGUCCUCAAUAACCUGGCUGCUAUUCCAUCGUAUGUCUUCUAUAUGAUAUUACUGCAGCCUCUCCGACUGGUAGACAGGAAACGUUUCUGGUAUAUCGAAGGAGUCAUGUAUAAAUGGCUUUUGGCAAUGGUGGCUUCCUGGGGAUGGUGUGCUGGAUAUACAGUAAUGGAGUGGGGUGAAGAUGUUAAGGCAAUUUCUGAUGAUGAAGCUGUGAUGCUGGUGAACCAUCAGGCAACGGGAGACGUGUGCACACUAAUGAUGUGCCUACAAGACAAAGGCAUGGUUGUUGCUCAAAUGAUGUGGGUGAUGGAUCAUAUCUUUAAGUACACAAAUUUUGGUGUUGUUUCUCUAAUUCAUGGAGACUUCUUCAUACGACAGGGAAAAUCUCACCGUGAUCAACAGCUUCUUAUUCUCAAGAAUCACCUGGAAAAAUAUUACAGGAGCCGAGAUCGAAAGUGGAUUGUACUGUUUCCAGAAGGUGGCUUUCUCAGAAAGAGGAGGGAAACAAGUCAGGCAUUUGCCAAGAAAAACAAUUUGCCAUUCCUUACACAUGUCACUCUGCCAAGGCUUGGAGCAACACAAAUGAUUCUGAAUGCGCUCACUGCUCAACAGGAAAACGGAACCCCUGCAGCUGGAGAUGCUAGGGUGCCAGAGAGCAAAACAAAAGGCCUCCAGUGGGUAAUAGAUACAACCAUAGCUUAUCCCAAAGCUGAGCCAAUAGACAUUCAAACCUGGAUUCUUGGCUACAGAAGACCAACAGUCACACAUGUACAUUACAGGGUUUUUCCUGUUAAAGAUAUCCCUUUGGAGAGUGAAGCCCUUGCUAAUUGGCUCUAUCAACGGUUCAUUGAAAAGGAGAAACUCUUAUCACAUUUCUAUGAAACAGGCGCUUUUCCUCCCCUGGAGGGCCAGAAGCAAGCCAUUUCCAGGGAGAUGUCCCUCAACAAUGUGUGGCUAAUUUUCAUACAGUCCUUUGCAUUUUUGUCAGGCUAUAUGUGGUACAACAUCCUUCAGUAUUUUUAUCAUUACCUAUUUUAGAAGUUGAAUGGGACCUGAGGACACAUGAGGAUCCAGGUUUUUGGCAAGUGUGCAUUAUAUUACAUGUGCAAGUGAGAAUAUACAAAAGGUAAAGGAAACUGAUGGACAGAUUGAUUUUUUAUCUCUCCCUGAGAUUUUAAAACUACUAAAAGUGAGGAUCAGUAAUAUAAUGACCUGCUAAUGUAUUUUAAGAACUUUCCAUGUUUUAAAAAGGUAUAUUCCACCAUAUACAUCUAAGCAAAUUCAGCAUUUGCGGAAGAGGACAUUGUAAACAUCAUUCUGGACGACUCUCUGAGGUCAUCUCUGUUGCCGGUGGUUAUUCUUGACAUUGUCGUUAAACCUCAGAAAGUUCUCCUAGAUUCAGUAGUAGCCUGUACAACAGCAGUGUUCUAGAAAUCCCUCAUUUCCUCAAACUCAAGUAGUGGUGCCACUGACAGUGCUGGGAACAGCUGACCAUAUUUCUUCAGCACUGCUUCCCCAUCAUCAGAUGCUAGAACAAAACACCAUUCCUAAAGACUCAAGUGAGCUUCAGUGUCAGACUUUCUCUGGGAGGAGGGGGGGGGGGAAGAUGGGACAAAAAACAGUACUCAUCAAGGCACUAUAGCACUAGAAUGUGUUCAAUCCUACACUGACUAGCUCAGUCUGAAUCUUCGUGGUUUAUCAUCCAACAUCAUGUUUACAUGUGCUAGUGCUUUCCCUUAUCUGAGGGGGUAGAAAAAUGUCUAGUCACUUGAUUGCUCAUUGUUUAGAAUGCUUUUCAUAGUUGGAUAAUUGUCUUUUGCAAAUUGCACUUUUAGGGAUGCAAGUACAGUGAUGGAAAAGUUCAGAGCUUGAACUCAAUUUAAGUUUAAUCUGCAGUAACUGGGCUUCUCGAGAGGCUGUAGCUGGCAGAAGGUUUAUUACAGUGCUGAAGCUGUUUGGUACUGUGAUACCCCAGCUACAACACCCCUCCCUGCUAUGACAGUUCUUUAGCUCAGAGGCCUUUUUUUUUUUCAUUUUGAUGAGCUUGUAUUAAAUACAUUUGGGAAUGGUUGAAACAAAUUAAAUGCCAAACAUCUGUGUAGGGGGGAAAUAGUUGCUUAUUAGAAGGUAGAGCGAGUGAGGGACUGGCCUAAAAUGUUAGGAAGCUGUUCCGUGUUCUGUGGCAAGGUACAAGCACAGAGGCCUGGCUGGCUACCUGUGUACGCUGCACCACUUAUUCUAUCACGAAGCCCAAAACUAGCUGCCAGUCUUAGAGGAAAGCUAACCAAGAGGAAGGCUGGCACCAAAAAAGCUUUCCAACAUCUUUUUGUCUAAACACUUUUGAAGAAGAGAUACCUGGUUCUUAUUCCCAGAAGGCUUUUUUUUUUAACAUACUUUUUUCGGAAGGUAGAGGCAUUGUGCUUUGUGUGACUUACUUUGAGAUAAAAACAACCCGGAAUCAGUACAGAACAAUGCACUCUGGCUGAGUUUCUUUUUUUGUUUGUUUAGGAUUGUAAAAUUACCAUCAAGAAAUUUGUGCUGUUAACGUUUCAGACUUUCCUAUUCUCCGUCACACAAAUACCAAUUUGAUGAACAGCCUCUAAACUAAAGUGUGUGUGUUUUCCAUCUAAGAUAAACCAAAAACUGGAAAGAUAUGUUUAUCUUCUCCUGAUUUUGUGGGGAAAAGCUAAAUAAGGAACACCAAAAAUUGCCCCCACAUGGUCAUCCUUUAAGGUAACAGUAUGAAUUUUAGUAGGAUAUUGCAUUACCUGAAAUACCUCAUUGACUGUUAUAAUACCACUACUGGUGAAAUGCAGAAGACAGUGUUGCUGUGUUUAGUUCAAUGCAAGAUGUAUUUUAAAUCCAGCUUUAUGUCUUGGACUCAUACCCCACACCAGUGUAAGAAAGACAUUUCUUGGCUUUAGGAUGGGGAGUGAACAGAGGACAGAGUGAGGUGAUCCUGUUCAUGACAGCCAGCCAACUAUAUUAAAGUACCACAGAAAUUGCCCGUUUGUCUCAGGGUCAGCUAUUCCAAACAUGGUCCUACAAAAGCAGACUUAAUCCUUUCAUGUGGAGCAAGGUGCAAUGUGAGGGGCUCCCUCUGGGUCCUCCUCAGUGGGGUAGCUGGGACGAUUUUGAUCGAUUCCUAGGUCCUAACAGGUGACUUCUGCAUGAAAUGGAAAGGAUGGCCACAAAGGGAAAUGUGUACUGUUAACUGGACUGCACAUCCAACAAACUCCAUCCUGGAAUCUAUUGCUUCCCAAGUACAGUGUGUUGUUUCCAGGGAGUAAAACAUGCAAACAGCUCUGCUGGUUAAUUAGACGGUGGCAUGAGCAAUAUAAAGACAGAUAACCAAUCUCCCCUUUUUGAUGAUAUCCCCUACCUGGACUCCUAUUUUUGCAAAGUCUUCUUGUUUGGAAGCACCAUUGUUGUUCAGUGGAGAGCGUUCUCCUGCCCACAGCAGAAGGUGGAGAGGAUGUGUUUUUAUGCAGGCAGCUGGGUGAGCGACAGACUUCUACUUUGAGGACUCAGAAUAAAAACUCAUAUGACAGCCAAAGUGAGGAAAUACAUGGUCUUGGGAAAGCCUAUGCAAUGUAAAAGAGGUGAAUAAAGUGAAUAUGCUGCUAGUUUAGUAAGAUUGGAGUUUCUCAUUUACCUUGUAAAACAGAUUCCUCCCAGUACCUACUUUGCCAGCAGAGGUUCCCUGUGCUUAGUGCUAGAAUUACAGUCCACGAUGUCAAAGGCUACUGCUCUGAGGAAAGUCAAACCAGUCAAAAAUCAAUUCAGUAAAUAUAAAGGUGAGCUAGCCUCUCGAGGAUACUGCGACCCUCACUUGGAAGGUGCUUUGGAUGCACAAGAGUUGUGAAAGAAGCUAGAAGCCAGUGGAGUCUGGAAGCACUUGCAGAAAAGUAAUGAUAGAGUUGGAGGAGUAAAUAAGCAAUUUCUGUUAGUAUUGGAAAUCUAGAUAGUGUAAAAUAUGUUUUAAUUUUAAAAAGUACAUUUGUGUUCUCUCUGUCCUGUGAUAGGAUAAAAGUUCCAUAAUCCUGUCUUUACCACACAGCCAGCUCUCCACUAUCUGCUGAUCUAGUAGGUGGGGAUUUAGAGAGCGUGGAUCGUUGAAAUCCUCAAGGAAACCUAAAAAUCGUAUUUGAACCCAAAAGUUCAAUCUUUUUUCCCACCAAAUACUUUGCCAGAGCUGCUAACAAGGAAUGCAAUGGAUUGCUUUAAGUUUCAUCUCCCUUGCUAUAACCACCCCUGCCCACCACGAUCCAACAGUGAAUGGCCAAAAAGUAGGGAGCUGUGGAGAAAAAGCCACAAGCUGGAAAAUCAGCCUUGGGUCAUCGAGAGUUAACUAUAUUAAAAUCGUUCACAAACUGUUUUACUGAAUUGAAACCUUGAAUCACCAAAUGUAGAUGUAUAUGGUACAUUGCUCUAGUAAUUGCUUACCUUUACAAAUGCCAUUAUUACUUAAUUCUGCUUGUCAUGAAUAUUAAUUCUACCUACUCAUUGUGGAUUUUCCUUCUGACUUUUUGGACAAUCUCUCCACUGAAAACUUAUGUAAAAUUUAGGCAAAGUUGAGGUAAGUGCUUUUCAGUAGUAGGAAAGUUUUUUGCUGAAUUUAUGAUGUUUUUAUUUGCACUCUAAAUAGGAAAAUCAGUUGUCGUUACCAUUUUGUUGUUAAUUACUUUGACUGUGGAAUUACCAUUAUGCAAAUAUUCAAAAAUUUGGGUUCACACAGCAGUUUUUUAUUACCAUGCAUGGCUAUCACUUGGACUAUCAUAAAAUAAGGAAAAGCCCAAUAUUUUGGUUGGGUUUACAUAGGAAAAAUAAAAUAUUUGGGACCAAAACCACCUAAAUUGGGGAUUUCUAGAUCACAAAGAGGCUGGAGGGGGGAGUUGUGGUUUUUUGGGGGGUUUUUUGUUUUUUUUUGGACUAGUUAUGGAUUCUGCUUUGGCUGUUAUGCACUCACCCCCAACAAUUAGAAGCUGGGCCCUGAGACUAAGCUAAGGGUGAUGUACUAUUGGGGCUAGGUGACACAGUCAAAUGGAAGAUACAAUGUGGAAUUUUUGCAAAAUUGCAUAUUUGUGGGUUUUUACAUUUAAUAUUUUUUUAAAAAUUUAGAGCAAAAUUUAAAAACUUGUAUUCUAGUUGCAAAGUAUGCAUACAUAUAUUUUGAAUGGCUUUAUUUUUAUUGUGUAAAACUGUUGAACACAUAACUGUGAUGCACCAAUUCUUUACAUAUAAGGAGUCUGCAUUUUACAGUAACUUCUAUUUUAUGAUUGGGUAAUGAAACAGUUAUACAUUAAACCGCUGUUGUAUUAAAGUGCGUUCACUUUCUUUAAAGUUAUUAUAAAGCUGUGUUUAUUUUGUACAAUAGAUUUUAGUUUUUCUGAUGCCAUUUUGUUUACUUAGUCGAUCUGAAUUUUUCCUGUCCCUGUUGUGUAUCUGCAUGUUGUUAUGUAUGAUAAGAAUGAAUGUAAAGGCUGCUGUGACUGUAACUGAUUUUUGUAAAGGGCUGGUCACUUGUGGAUCUGUUUUAUUAAAUGUGCAUUCUAUUUUCCUCCAAGGACGUUUUAAAAUUAUUGUAGUGCCCUGGACAACUUUUCAGAUUUGCAGCAGAUAACACCAAAAGACACCUUUUCACAAAUGAACCUUAAAGCUAUUUGUUUUAUGUGGAAGGAUGAAAGUUGACAAGAUUAAAAAAAAAAAAGCCUCACUUCUCAGUAGCGGCAAAGUGUUGGGUCCUUUGGGGUUGUUUUAUUGCAGGUUCAGAAGAGAACAACAGCUACUGCAAGCAAACUAGAAACUGUGAAAUUAAGUUUCCUUCAGUGUUUAAAAUUCUCAUGGCCGCUCCGCUCACCACCCUCAGGAAAGUUAAUUCUCCAUACUAAAAUCUACUUCUCUUCCUAAGCCAGACUUUAACAAGUCAGGGAGGAAGAGGUGCAGACAGAAAGGGGGCAGGGAAUAACCCCCAUAGAUCCUGCUUCUAAUUUAAAAAUUGGAAAGGCUGUGGUUUUCCUGAAGAAAAGCAUUUUCAUUUUAAUUUACUUAUGUCUAUUUAGCCCCUCUCAAAUGUACUCUUGGUGGGGGAGGGGGAAGUGUGUGUGUGUGUAAUAUACACAUACACACCCCCACUUACUUUUUGUAACCACAAGCUAGAUCUCAUUUCAGGAGCCGUUUUAUUGUUUUUCUUGAUUAAAAUACAAGUGUAAACUAAUCCAAAACUUUUAAGUGUACUGAAAUCUGACUCAGUCUACCAAACAGGUAUGAUGGUCAUAAUUCAGUCUACCGCUUUUUUUUCUGCCUGGAUUUAGGUUAUGAGGCAAGAUUAUGAUUUUCUCUACUUUCUGUCAAGAACAAAAUUGUGGGGUGGGGGGGAGACAGCCUGAAAAUGAGUUCUACAGCACUAAAAGAUCCAUUGCUGACCAGCCCUAUUCUCAGAAUUGAAAAAAAGCCAUUGUUUUUAAAUUCCCACUUAAUAUGAAAAUGUUUGUUUUUAAAAUGUUUCUUCCUGCUGAAAAAAAUGUAUUUUUAACAAGGAAAAAAAACCCCCUCUUUUGGCUAUAAGAAAGUCAGCUGUAUGAGUAGGCGUGACCAUAUCAUAACAUGCUGAUCUGAUAUGAAUCAAUAAAUUUUUACCUCUCAGGA